CAGCGUCUUCUCACUACACUUCAGCAACUGCCUUCCUAGGAAACAAAGCCGAGCUGCAGUAGCUGCUUCAUCCCAGCCACGGAACCGGAACUUCUGAAAACUGCAGGAAGGUAAAACCUGUAGAGUCCUCAGCAAGUUUAGCAUCUAAAAUGUCAAGCUACGUCAUUCAGGUUGCCAACAACAGUAAGGGAUCUGUCGCUGUUGCUGUUAGUACCAAUCCGGUUUUACAACUGUUGGGCAAUUCUCUGGUUGUGACCAUCCCUGCCUACGAGCUCCUCAAGUCAUUCUUCACUAAAGACGAGCUGCGAGUUUCACCAGGGGAAACCUCAGUUGUAAACAAAGUUGGUAUCUGGAAAAUCUUCACCUAUGGAGUUGGGUUGACAGGAGCAGAAUGCUACUACGUUACGGUGACCAGAGAGGAUGAUGAGUGGGUGGCUGUGUGUCAAACUCCUCUGCAUUGCACCUGGAUUGUCGAUGAUGACAAAAUCUACCGGGAAGAUAACCUGUCGAUAUGCAAACCAUUUAGUUUUGUACCUGAUAAAUCCAGCUACAUCAUUAAAGUUACCAACAAAACCAAGGAAGUCAUCAGGGUUGUGGUUCAUGAAGAUCUGCUAUUCCGAGUGCUGAGCAAUGGUCUACUAGCAAUUUCAAGCCAUGUGAGUGACAGUUACUUCACGUCAGGGGUUACAGUUUGUCCAGGAAAAACAAAAACUAUUCAUAAAGUAAACCCCAAGAAUUUAUCCUCCUACAAAUCCAUUGCUGAUGUUGCAGGCAUGGUAGAUAUGUCAACCUAUUCUAUAAAGGUGUUCAGGAAAAGGGAUAAACAGAUCACUCAGUGUAACACCCCUUUGCAUUGCACCUGGAUCGUGGAGAGCCAUGGAAUGUGGCAAGAAAAUAAACCUACAGAAGUUUACAAAUUUCAAUAACAUGCUUUUCUCCUGCUGCUUGCUUAUAAAAAUAUCGAGAAGACGACGACCCCAAUGAAUACGCCUUAUAAAUCCAUGGGGCUUUGCCAAUAUUUGCUUUAGGAGCCAACACAACAGUUGUGUGUGUCCUGGUGACUAAAUAUGUGAACUAAUCAUUUGCAACAAAUAAUUUAUCUGACAAAUUUUGAAUAAAUCACUUGCAAUAAUUUGUCUUACUAUUUAGCCAGUUCCACUGAGGCAAACGUAUUCACCGCUUCUUUGUGACAAUUGAAU